AAGAAAAAAACCCGAUCUGAUUUGGGUCGGGUUACGUUCCGCCAUGGACGCGGCGAGCCACGGAGCCGUCCCUCGGCGCCACCCCCUCCUCUUCCAUCAGAUCUCCGUCCUCCUCCUCACCUUCUCCGCCUACGCCGCCUUCCACGCCUCCCGCAAACCCCCCAGCAUCGUCAAGAGCGUCCUCGGCCCCGAGACGCCCUCCUCCGGCACCGGUGGUGGAGGAUGGCCGCCCUUCGACGGCCCCAGCGGCCCCCACCGUCUCGGCGAGCUCGAUCUCGCCUUCCUUUCCUUCUAUGCCGUCGGCAUGUACCUCGCCGGUCACGUUGCCGACCGCGUCGACCUUCGCCGCUUUCUCGCCUUGGGGAUGCUCGCCAGCGGCAUCGCCACGGCCGCGUUCGGCGCUGCCUAUUGGUGGGGCGUCCACAGCCUGGGAUUCUUCGUCGCCGUCCAGGUGGCCAGCGGGAUCGUCCAGUCCAUCGGCUGGCCCUGCGUCAUCGCCGUCGUCGGCAACUGGUUCGGGAAGUCGCCCCGGCGUGGACUCAUCAUGGGCAUCUGGAACUCCAAUACUUCCAUUGGCAACAUCUUGGGAUCGAUCAUCGCUUCCUCGGUGCUCGAAUUUGGGUGGGGUUGGUCCUUCCUUUUGCCGGGAUUCCUAAUCGCCGCCGUCGGUGUCUUAGUUUGGAUCUUCUUGGUCCCCGAUCCACGAGAUCUAGGGUUUGAUACCGCCUUCAAGGAGGUCGAGAUGAAGGAACCUGGCGUUGAACCUCUGGAAGUUUUGGAUCUGGUAAAUGGGGAGGAGAUGGGUCUUCUUGGAUCUGAGCAAACACAUGAAGUGAAUUCAGUGACGGCAAUUGGAUUCUUAGAGGCGUGGAGAUUGCCUGGCGUGGCGCCGUUUGCAUUCUGCCUAUUCUUCUCUAAGCUCGUGGCAUUCACUUUCCUCUACUGGUUGCCAUUCUACAUUCGCCAUACUGAUGUGGCCGGCAAGCAUGUAUCACAUAAAACUGCAGGGAUUCUUUCAACAAUAUUUGAUGUUGGAGGUGUACUUGGUGGAGUAUCAGCAGGAAUUAUGUCAGAUCGGCUGAAUGCUCGUGCCAGUACUUCUAUAUUUUUCCUCUUUUUCUCCAUCCCGACACUGAUUGCUUACAGAUCAUAUGGAAGCAUAUCAAUGCAACUCAACAUCAGUUUAAUGUUUCUGUCUGGAUACUUUGUUAACGGCCCCUACUCACUGAUAACGACUGCAGUUUCAGCAGAGUUGGGUACGCAAGAUAUGAUUCAGGGUAACUCGCGAGCAUUGGCUACUGUCACGGCAAUUAUUGAUGGUACUGGCUCUGUCGGGGCAGCAUUGGGGCCCUUGCUUACAGGAUAUAUUUCAACUAGAGGUUGGAACAAUGUCUUUCUGAUGCUGAUCUGCUCUACUUCUUUUGCAAUUACCUUUCUGAUACAUCUUGCUAAAGCUGAAGUUAGGAACAAGAUGAGUGAGAGAAUAACCAAUGGAACGUGAUAGAUCAAAGACAGAAGUAUACUAAAAAAAUAUUCUCAUGUUGUUUGUAUUCCAAUUCUUUGGCUUACUAGGAGCGUAGCUGUCCUUCGUUUGCUCCUGAUAGGUUGUAUUUACCUCAAUCAUAUACCACUGGACCAUUGGAGCCAGCAUACUUAGUGUUUCAUGGAGUGAUGGUUAUCUUGAUUCCAUUCUUCUCCCUUACAAUGUUCCAAAUUAUCAUUGAUGUUUAAUGUGACCGUGAAUAUUAGUUAAAGCUCAUUGAGUUUUUGUGGUUAUUGAAACUCAACAGAGCCCCAGAGGAUUCGUAAUUUUGAGCAGGAAGAAUUUAUUUACGGAAAAGUUUUUAAUUAUUUUUGUUUUUUGUUUUUAUCCUCACACUGUAUGUUAUCAAAUACAAUAAGUUAAAUACAUUUAUGUAAUCAGAUGGACAGUAUUCAGCUAAACGCGGGUGGCUGUAUUUAGUUAAUCUUAUUGAUGAUUUUUGGUA